AUGCCCAGUACAGCGCGAAAAGGAAAGCAGACGGUUGCGUGGGGAGUCGAACGGCGGGUGUCUAUGGUGAAAGAUGGAGUGAACAAUCCAACCAGCCGUAGCUACGAUUUGGCAGGCUUCGUACCUGUUCGCAUCCUGAACAAAAACAGUACACACAAGAGCGUUUCACUGUUGGGGCAUUUUGUAAGCCUAUCGCGUGACGAUUACGCGAUCAUUGUGUUGGAAAAGACGGCCUUCACUGAGGGGCAGCUGAAAAAUCAUAAGCGUCAUCAAACGAGCAUGCAGCCGUCGAAAGAAGUUUUUUCCUUAACCACGUCCCAACUGAGGACGAAAUUUGUUAAUGAUACCUACGGAAAUUUUUUGUGCGUUGCUGAUCCGGAAGUAAAUCAAAUCAAGGUGACAAUCAUAUAUCCCGCUACUGAGAGGCAUAUUGUGAAAUUUUCCACCCAAAAAGGAUAUUUGGUGGAAGAAACUGCCCAAGAUUAUGAAACCGUGGCAUUGCCUCAUAUUCAAAAGGAGCAGCUAAGCUUAGAGUGGCUUUACAAUAUACUAGAGCAUCGGAAAGAGAAGGAUCGCAUAGUUUUUGAGGAUCCGUCAGAGGAAAUUGGCUUCAUAUUGUUGCCGGAUUUAGAAUGGAAUGGUAAAACAUUGGAACAACUUUAUCUACUCGCUUUAGUGCGCCAGCGAGGUAUCAAGUCAUUGCGGGAUCUAAACGCUACUCAUUUACCAUUGCUGAAAAAUAUUCAAACACGUGGCAUUGAAGCAAUUAAAACACGUUACGGAAUUAACGCUGAUCAACUACGAAUCUACAUUCACUAUCAACCCACAUUUUACCACCCACACGUGCAUUUCCCAUAUCUGAAGCACGACCCACCGGGCGAGAAAAGUCACCUUCUAACAUCGGUUAUUGGGAAUAUCGAACUGCUACCAGACCAUUACCGGAAAGUGACACUCUCUUGCGUUUUAAGUGAAACUGAUAAACUGAACGUCAAAUUUGAGGCAGCAAAGAGCAAACUGAAUGAACCAGAUGACACCACAACCAACCGAUGAGAACCUCUACUGCCAGACGCACCCUCCCGUUUCAAACCCCCUGUAGCCCGUCGCUGGAUUACGACAGCUGAACAGCACAUAUCUUCACGACGCAGCGCAUCAGGCGAGCAAGCAAUUGUUAAUUCUAAAUAAGGAAAAUGUCAUGUUUGAUAAUGCAAACUCAAAACGGUGCUACAGUUUUGAAUAACAGAAUUUCAUUUGCCAGAGAAAAAAAAAUAUUAUAAAAAACAACGGUGUAUAUAGUUGCAUAAAAACGCGAGAAUAAUUGUAAUAAAGAGAAAAACACACCUAUCGGCCGUCAGGACGGACCGUGUGACCAUUGUCUCUUCUAGAUAAUGGCCAACUAGGCGGGGUGGCAGAUGUGACGUCACACCCUGCGAAGAACCCAAUGCUCCGUCACGAGCCUUAUAAUUAAAGUUUAAUUUUGUUCCCAGGAGGGCAUAGCCUUCUGCUAUGCUUUAGUCAGGCGAAACAUUUGGUUCCCUUGACAGAGGACCGCGAACGGCUCUGUCAACACUCUAUGUAUCAACAGAUUAUGCCAUAGGUGGCAAAGAACUUCGCGCAGCCUUCUGCUGUGCCACCGGCAAACAAACUCGACCAAAAUAAACAAGUUUUGUGUUAUAAACAAAACGCCGCCUGUACUUUAGCAGUACUAGAUUAGGUUAAGAGAUUAGUAAGGUAAACAGAGAGUGGAGAAAGUCUCUCUCUCUGAGUUACCGGUAGGGUAUAUUUAAGUAGUGAUGUACGAAAAUAAAGUCAGUUAGUCCACGUUAAUCUGUGUGUAUUAAUUCCGCACCAAUUGCGCGUACAGGGUUUUCUGGAGAAAGUCCUGGUAGGUUAUACCCAGGAUAUAGGUAUACCUACACACAUACUUCCUAUAAAUUUCCCACUUUACACGCACAUUAUACAAAGCAUGUGCUUUUUCAAAAAAUUUUAAGUUGUUAACCUCAUUGCGGUUAAAAUGAAUUAAAUAACUAACAAGGGAAAUUCCAGUUCUCUGACUGUUUUCGCCUCGUGAUUUUUGUUUCAUUAGAAUUACUUGGGUAGGGGCUAUGCCAAGUAAUUCUGUUAAAGUAAGUUUGAUCUCAUCAACGGUUUGAUCGUUGGUGAGACCUUUCAAUACAACCUUGAACGGCUUGGCGUUCUUGGUGUCAUAUGUAAAAAAUUUGUACAUCUUGUCAGUUAAAUACUGAACAAGACGAUCACGACCCUUUACUGAGUCGGCUAAUAAGCGGCAUUCACCUCUACGGCCAAUUUGAUAGGUAACUUUAACGUCAGAAACAAACGUUGAAAGUUCCUUUUUGAAUAUAUUAAAUUCAGAAGAAAUAGUUACCACAAUAGGUGGAACUUUCUCCUUUUUUAAAGAUUUUAUAUUUUGUAUAGUUUCAUUAUUAAUAACUUCCAUUUCACCAGCUUCUCGCUCAGGCAAAAUAUCAAAAGAAUUGUCACUACAGACACUCGAAGUGUCAGAAAGAGAUGCCUCUCUUUUCCUCCCCGCAGCGAUGCGAGGUUUCUUUUUCCGUCCAGCCAUUUCAGGUGAUACGAAAAAAGUUAAAACAAAUGUUAAAUUCAAAAGUAGGUAGUCUUGAGAAAGACUGAUGGGAAAUAACUUUCAGGUAAUCUUUAAAAGACGCACUGACAAAACACAAACUUUGAAGCUAUAGGCAGUCAAAGACCAGUCCACAAGCAACCGAAAAAACGUCUGAUCUGUAGGACAGUUCAAGACGCACUGUUCCCUCUAACCAUAAUCAUCAGCAUUGUUCUCCUUUGUAAUUUCAUAUCAAGCAGAUCCACAAAAAUCAAAAUUCAACAUGACGAUCCAUUAAAGGACAUUCCAACGAUCUCAGAUGCAAAACCAAUUAGAAGAUUGACCAUUGCGGAUGUGAUUUCCCUGGAGUCUCAUCACUCAGCCGGGAGGAGUUAACAACCGAGCUACCAAAGGAAUUUGCUGACAAUUCAGACAAUGCCAUCGACGAGCAGGUUGACGACGAUCGAACGAUCGGAGCCACCACCGAGCGAUGCGGAGUCAGCGGUUCAUAUUCUGACCAACGUGAAUCGAACG